AUGACUGAAUAUCUCAAGAAGAUGAAGCUCAGCGAAAUUGUUGACUGGACCUCAAAUAAUAGUUUUCGCUCUUCAGCUCAAUCGAAAAAGUCGAAAUUCCUCCAAACACCUCCUUCUUCUGCACCUUCUUCGCCUGAACUGCCACCUUCAAUGUCUCUGGACCAACCAAAGCACUUACAACAAGAAUUGGACAGUGGUCGUAUCACGCCUCCGGAAUCCUCGCAUGCUGAUAAUGAAGCUGCUUUUGCCAAUGUGACUCAUACUCCACCGACUGGUCGAUUAUCAGUGACUAUUGUCGCUGGUCGCAAACUCAAUGUCAGCAAUUAUCAGGCCAAGCCUUACUGUGUUGUGGAAUUCGAGAGAAGCGAAUUUGUCACCAGAGAAGCUUUAAGAGACAGUGAUCUGUCUUCACACAAAGACGGAAAACAAAUGAACUUUAUGGAUUUGGUUCGUGCGGCUACAAAUCCUGUUUGGAAUCAAACGGCAACAUUUGAUGUUGCUCGUAUUGAUGGCGAACUUCAUGUGUCAGUGUACGAACGUGUUCACAAUAACAAUCACGCGCAAGAAAUCUUCCUUGGAAUGCUAGCGAUUAAACCUCCAAGACGUAAUGACAAAGUCAUUGAUGGCUGGUUCAAGCUUACGCCAAGAGGCAAAGGUGAAAAUGUAACCGGUGAAAUGCACGUUCAGAUCUCUUAUGAAUCCGUCGCUAAAACACAUCUUACACCUGCAUCCUUCGAAAUUCUUAAACUCAUUGGUAAAGGAAAUUUCGGCAAGGUAUUCCAAGUUCGCAAAAGGGACACUGGUCGAAUUUAUGCCAUGAAGGUGCUUCACAAACAGGAUCUGAUUGAACGUCGCGAAGUCGAACAUACGCUCGCUGAAAAAAACAUCUUAAUUCAAGCCGAAACUUGUCCUUUCUUGGUUGGUCUAAAAUUUUCAUUCCAGACUCGUACUCAUCUUUAUCUGGUGACCGAUUUUAUGAAUGGAGGAGAAUUGUUUUGGCAUUUACAAAAUGAAGUGAGACUUAGUGAAGAAAGAGCGAAAUUCUAUGCUGCUGAAAUCGUCUUGGCAUUAGAACAUCUCCACAAAUAUAAUAUCGUUUACAGAGAUCUUAAACCCGAAAAUAUAUUACUUGAUGCUACAGGGCAUAUUGCUUUAUGUGAUUUUGGACUUUGCAAAGAGAAUCUUGGGGCUGGCCAAACUACAAACACAUUCUGUGGUACAUCUGAGUAUCUCGCACCUGAGGUUUUGGCCGAAUGUGGGUACGGUAAAUCAGUCGAUUGGUGGAGCUUGGGCAUUCUUUUCUACGAAAUGAUUGCCGGCUUUAGUCCAUUCUAUACUCAUGAUACACAAGUUAUGUACCGAAGGAUCUUGUUCGGAAAACUUAAAUUUCCCAAAGGAUUAUUUAGUGAUGAAGCAAAGAGCUUAAUCAAAGGGCUCCUUGCACGUAAUCCUCAACACAGACUCGGCACUUAUCACGAUGCUGAAGAAAUCAAAAGUCAUCCAUUCUUCAAUAAUAUUAAUUGGGACGCCUUAUAUGCAAAGAAAAGUCCACCACCCUUCAAGCCAAAUGUCGCCUCUGAAGAUGAUACAUCAUGUUUCGACCCGGCUUUCACCGAGGAAGAAAUUGAUUAUCCAAAUGUUUCGAAAAAUAUCAGCAAGAAUGGCACAAAUGCAUCGACCAAUAGUGCGUACGAGGCUUCUAAUCAGUUCCAAGGAUUCACUUAUUCUGGUGAAAAAGAUGGAACCAAUAAUACACUUUCUUUGGGAUGUGGAUUUGAGGUUGGAUCUAUUGCCGCAGUUCAAGCUGCCGUCAAUUCUGGUAAUUGGGGAAGUUUGGAAGAUAUAUUACGGUGUUAA